GAGAAAAAACACGUACUCAUUAAUUAAAUAAAAAGGGCAAAAAAAGUGGCCAAAUCAGAAGUCGCGUAUUUUGAAACCUCUACGAACCUUCUUUGCCAGAAGAAAAAUCCAAUCGUAGAUUUAUCUUCUCUCUCACACACACACACACACAGAGAGUUAGUGUGGUGAAAAUUUUGUGAUCCUUUUGGGUUGAUGAAACGACAGCGUAUUGGAAUCUUAGAGGACUCGUGAAUUUCUAGGCUUUUUUUUUGUUGUUGCUGGAUUAGGGUUUUUUUAUUUUUAUUUGAAUGAUUGAUUGAUUGGAUUUGGUGAGAAUUUUAGAUUUUAGUGAUAUUUUUGCGAUGAUGAUGGCGGACCAGUCAUCGCAAUAUUCGUUACCAUCGGAUGAUUUGUCGGUCGAAUUUGGGAUGAAUUUUGAUGAGCUAAGCAUGGAUAUUGACGAUAUAUGGCGAAUUAUUGACGAGGACCCCGAUCCUUCUCUGCCGAGUAUGCCAGAGGUUUUUAUGCCAAAUGACAUGGGACAAGUAGGUUAUUCAGAUUUGGAGAGAGCUUCAUCUUCAGGGGGUCAAUUUCUUGGACACAUUGGAGUCUCCCCUUCUUCCAACUCAGAAGCUUCAGAUUCUAGGACAGGUGUUUCAGAUGGUUCAUCUGAUUCUGCAGGGAAUUCAAAUGUUGAUGGUGGGAAGCUUGAGUUUCAAUUAGGGAUAGACUCUCCGGUACACAGUUUCUGUGGAAACCUGACUGAACGGAGGCCNAGAAACCUGACUGAACGGAAGCCUGGUCAGGACAAUGACCGGUCCACUCAUAAGGAUAAUUUCUCUCGGUGUACUUCAUCUAAUGUCCAACAAGAAAGGUUGCUGCUAAGCCAAUCAACUACAGAGAACAAGUUGAGAACCUCAGAAACAUUAGCUGCAGAAGAAACACCAAGCAUUGAAGUAGCUGCAUCUUCAAAUGAUGAGCCCUACGCUGGGUUUAGUUUAUGUCAGAGUUCUGAUACUUUGCCCGAAAGUUGGGACAAGUUUCCACAAACUUCCCAUGCAGAUUCUUUCUCGAAGCCGGCUGCACUAAAUAACCUUGAUUUUGAAAUGCUGUCUCACAAUGAUAAGAUGCUAAAUAUAAUGGACGAACAAUUGGACCAUACAACUGGGAUUGCAGACUCGGAUACAAUGGCAUAUGAGAAUUGGACAAGAGCAGGUGAAGGAGUUCAGCAGGCUCCUGAGUGUUAUAUGACCGCAAAUUUUGGUGUUGGGGAGCUCAGUGCCUAUCGUAGUGGUGGUAUCCAAACAUCAUUAAAUAAUGGCAUCUUGUCCUCCAGAUUAAGAGACAGUAAUAAGGUGCAAAAGGUGUUUCCUCAGCCUUUGCCUUUCAGUGGGUCAAGUUUCCUUAUUCAAAACCACCAGUUACACAGAAGGAAUGACAAAAAUGAACUGAUAGGUGGUGCUGAUAUACCUACAGUUUCUGGGCUCUCAAAUUCAUUUUUUCCUGCUCCUGCAACUGCCUUUUCAAGUAACAAUUUUUUGGUUUAUCCAAAGGUUGAAAAUGAUAUACUUCAGUAUGAUAGGUCUUCUCAUCACCUUGAUAAUUUCAAAGAAGCUUCUUUAGAAAAAACCAUUUUGGUUCCUCAUGAUCACCAUGCUGAUGUGAAGGGUAGAGAACUGCCUGUCUCAUUGUCAUCAACUUCAAUGAAGCAGCAGUUCAGCUGUGCAAUGUUAGGGCAAAAACACAGUUCUUUAAAAGUUCCUGGUUCUCGUCUAUCUACAACCACUCAUCGAGGAGCUCAGCGAAGCUUGUUGCCUCAAAGAAGCCAUAGUGAGGAUGAUGAUGAUCUGUGCAUUCUCGAGGAUAUAAGUGCACCUGCAAAGGCAAAUCCAUGUGCUAAUGGCAAGUCUCUUGUUGCUCUACAGCGUACUACAAUUACUAACUCUUUUAUUCCAGCUGAAGUGGGACAAAUGAGGCCGAAGUCAAAUGAUGAGCUUGUUAUUUAUCGAGCUGCCUUGCAGGAUCUCUCUCAGCCGAAAUCAGAAGAAAAUCCACCCGAUGGUCUUUUGGCUGUUCCUCUAUUGAGACACCAGCGCAUUGCUUUAUCAUGGAUGGUCAAGAAGGAAAAAACUGGUGUACCCUGUUGUGGUGGGAUUCUUGCUGACGAUCAGGGACUUGGAAAAACUGUAUCAACAAUUGCACUUAUACUCAAAGAAAGGUCUCCAUCUUCGAGAGUUUCUACAGCCAUGGCCAGACAAACUAAAACGGAGACAUUGAAUUUGGACGAUGAUGAUAUUUCAUGUGAGCUUGACAAGUCAAAGCUAGGUGCCUAUUCUUAUCAAGUCAAUGAUAAUUCUAGCAUAGGCGGUAAAACUUCUAUGCAUACAAAAGGGAGGCCUGCUGCGGGCACCCUUAUCGUUUGUCCUACCAGUGUCCUUCGUCAGUGGUCUGAGGAGUUGCACAAUAAGGUAACAAGCAAAGCAAAUCUUUCUGUCCUAGUAUACCAUGGUAGCAAUAGAACAAAGGACCCUAUUGAACUAGCAAAGUACGAUGUGGUGGUCACUACAUAUUCAAUAGUAAGCAUGGAGGUCCCUAAGCAGCCUCUUGUGGAAGAUGAUGAUGAGACAGGAAAAGGAACUCAUGAAUCACCUUCUAGUAAAAAGAGAAAAUCUCCUUCGAGCUCAAAGAAAAGUUCAUCAAAGGCAAAAAAAGAAGUGGAGAAGGAAUUGCUUGAAGCCACUGCGCGCCCUCUUGCAAGGGUGGGAUGGUAUAGGAUUGUGCUGGAUGAGGCUCAAAGCAUCAAGAAUUACAGAACCCAAGUAGCUAGGGCUUGUUGGGGUCUUCGUGCUAAACGUAGAUGGUGUUUGUCAGGGACACCUAUCCAAAACGCAGUUGAUGACCUUUACAGUUACUUCAGGUUUCUCAAAUAUGACCCAUAUGCAGUGUAUAAACAAUUCUGCUCCACAAUAAAGUUUCCAAUCCAGAAACAUCCAACAACUGGGUACAGAAAGCUGCAAGCAGUGCUUAAGACUGUUAUGCUUCGUCGCACUAAAGGUACAUUUCUUGAUGGAGAACCCAUUAUCAACCUUCCACCGAAACGAAUUAUACUGAGAAAAGUUGAUUUUACUGACGAGGAACGAGAUUUCUACUGCAGACUUGAAUCUGAAUCACGUGCUCAGUUUGCUGAAUAUGCUGCUGCCGGGACAGUCAAACAAAAUUAUGUCAACAUAUUGCUGAUGCUUUUACGCCUGAGACAAGCUUGUGAUCACCCUCUUCUUGUUGGAGGGUCCAACUCUGGUUCUGUUUGGAGAUCAUCUAUUGAGGAGGCCAAGAAAUUACCGCGAGAGAAACUAGCUGAUCUUUUGAAUUGUUUGGAAGGUUCUUUAGCAAUUUGUGGCAUUUGCAGUGACCCCCCUGAAGAUGCUGUUGUAACAGUGUGUGGACAUGUCUUUUGUAAUCAGUGUAUUUGUGAACAUCUAAGCGGCGAUGACACUAAGUGUCCUGUAUCAGCUUGCAAAACUCAGCUGAGCGUUUCUUCAGUUUUCUCUAAAGCAAUGUUAAGUGAUUCUCUAUCUGAUCAGCCCAGUCUGCAAAAGAACCCUGACUGUGCUGGCUCUGAAGUGGCUGAAAGUUCAAUUUGUAGCCCAUAUGACUCGUCCAAGAUUAAAGCUGCUCUUCAGAUGCUGCAAUCUCUGUCUAAACCGAAGGCUUGCACUCUGAGGGACUGCAUUUCAAGAUCAGAUGAUGAAGGAACUUCUCCGUCAGAAAAUAAAUGUGAUAAUCAUGCAGGAGAAUCUAGGAUGAAUUCAAGUUCCAAAGAUACAACUACAAUCGUUGGAGAGAAAGCAAUUGUCUUUUCUCAGUGGACAGGGAUGUUGGAUUUGCUUGAAACUUGUCUGAAGAGUUCCUCAAUUCAGUACCGUAGACUUGACGGAACAAUGUCUGUUCUUGCUAGAGAUAAGGCUGUGAAAGAUUUUAACACACUUCCCGAGGUAUCAGUCAUGAUUAUGUCUCUGAAAGCUGCAAGCCUUGGACUGAACAUGGUUGCAGCUUGUCAUGUUCUUCUCUUGGACCUUUGGUGGAACCCUACCACUGAAGAUCAAGCAAUCGACAGGGCGCAUCGGAUUGGACAGACCCGUCCUGUUACAGUUUUGCGGUUGACUAUAAAAGAUACAGUUGAAGAUCGUAUUUUGGCUCUUCAGCAAAAGAAAAGAGAAAUGGUUGCUUCUGCAUUCGGAGAGGAUGAGACUGGUAGCCGACAGACUCGUCUCACUGUGGAGGACUUGGAGUACCUUUUCAAGAUUUAAUCGGCAUCUCAUUUUUGCAGUAAGCUGACGUUUUAAUGCAGCUUGGGCUAUCUUAAUUUUUUUAUUUGGAAACUGGUUUAGCAGCAUACACAAUUGAGGCAUUGGUUCUUAGGUCCAUAGUAUUGACAGGAAAGAUGACCUUACUAAACAAUGAUUUUGAGAAUACCUUCAAAGAUUCAUAUGAUCCAUUUUUUAUAGCUAUUGGUUACCUUGUGCAGGGGUUGGAUUUUAGUGGGUUACACCCAAAUGAGGAUGAGACUUUAGAUGAGUCGGUAGAUUCUUUGCUUAGAAUAUGUAAAUGAUAGUUCCUGUGGCUUCUGCCAUGUUUCUUUUUUCUAGGAUUGGAUUUAGGAAUACAAUAUAUUAGUAGUAGUUUAAGUUGUAGACAGUAUGUUUCGUUCUAGCUUUUUGGGUUGUAAAUUUUCACCUUCAAAUUUAAUUUAAUACAGAAACAUGCCGUCAUGGCAAUUCUUUUUCA